AGGGAGGCUGGCUGGAGAGAGAAGAUGCUGCUCUUCGUGGAGGUAACAUCGAAAGGGGCCAGCUUAAAUCCUAAUGCAAAAGUAUGGCAAGAAGGCAUGCAGGGAAACUCGGAAGCUGCCCCUGGAACGAAUGGCACUGAGCUCUCAUGGCAAGAGACCGCAGCUGUGCCCGGAAGUUGCACAGAGGGGAAUACUGAGGGUGCAGAGGAUGGCGCUAAGCAGUUUGAAGCAAUGUAUUCAUCGUGUGAACCAUCAAACAGUUCAAGCGUUGAGGAAUCGGCAGCUAAUGGAAUGGUCUUGGCCCCAGAGGAUCUUGGAUACCAACUCUAUGAAGUUCCUGAUGAAGGGAGCCCUAUAAUUUCUGCCGAAGACUUGAAAGAAUGUUUGAAGAAACAACUAGAGUUCUGUUUCUCACGUGAGAAUCUUUCCAAGGAUCUUUACUUGAUGUCUCAAAUGGACAGUGAUCAGUUUAUUCCAAUAUGGACAAUUGCCAACAUGGAAGGAAUUAAGAAACUGACAACCAAUAUGGAUCUUAUUGUGGAAGUGCUGAGAUCUUCUCCUAUGGUCCAAGUAGAUGAGCGAGGAGAAAAAGUUAGGCCAAACCACAAACGAUGCAUUAUUAUUCUCCGUGAGAUUCCUGAAACAACACCUGUAGAGGAGGUGAAGGCAUUGUUUAAAAAUGAAAGCUGCCCCAAAGUGAUAAGUUGUGAGUUUGCUCACAACAACAACUGGUACAUUACAUUCCAGUCAGAUACUGAUGCACAGCAGGCAUUUAAAUACUUACGGGAAGAAGUAAAAACCUUUCAGGGCAAGCCAAUAAUGGCCAGGAUAAAAGCCAUCAACACAUUUUUUGCAAAGAAUGGUUACCGGGUAGUGGAUUCCACUGUUUAUGCUCAGCCUGUUCAAACACAAGCACAGUUUGCCUCACCAGUGUUUGUGCAGCCUGUAUAUAGUCCUCAGCAGUACUCUAUCUACAGCAUUGUGCCUCAGACAUGGUCUCCAAACCCUGCACCUUACUUUGAAACACCUUUGGCUCCCUUUCCUAAUGGUGCAUUUGUUAAUGGCUUCAGUUCACCAGGAUCAUACAAGACAAAUGCUGCUGCUUUGAGUAUAGGACGCCCAUUCCAUAGAAAUCGUAUGAAGCCUCCUUUUCGGUUGUCGAGUAGCUCCGAACACCCUGCAGAAGCAGCAUCCACUGUCAGUGUGGUGCCAGGGGAUGGACAGCUGCAUAGAGCCAGUUCAAGGAACUUUCAAACAGAACGGCAAGCAAAUACAAUAUUGGGACAUCAAGAGCAAAGCUAUUUACCGAAGGAUUCUCCCGUCUCUCAGACAGAACAAAAUGGUGACUAUGGCAGAGGCAGGAGGAAUGUUUUCAGAGGUCGGAGGAGACGAGAAGAUGACAGACUUUCACGACCCCAGCCUUCAAUUGAAACCAAGACUUUGACACCAAAGUUUGACUUGCUAGCCUCAAAUUUUCCGCCCUUGCCUGGUAGCAUGGUAAAAACUCAAGGAGACCCAGUCUUGGAGAGUAAGAUGUCCGAUAUUGUUAAAGGAAUAAGCAAAGAAAAGAUACUUACUGAAAAUAAAGAGUUGACAGUUAGUUGUCCAACAUCUACUCAGGAAGAGCAGGUCCAAAACCCCGUUCAACCUGCCAUGAGCGCCAGUUCUCCUUGUAGGAUUGAUGUUCCUGGAUUAAGUGCCACUCAUCCAGAUAACAAGCUAGAAGAGGUCCAUUUGCAGAAAGAGGCUGCAAGCCAGACUUCUCCACCUUCAUCUGUUUCUCCCCUUAGUGCAGCAAAGCCACCUAGGACAAAUGCCACUUCAUCCACAACCAAUGCAAACACAAUGCCUGCUGUGAUAGUACAGGAACCCCGCAAGCUCAGUUAUGCUGAAGUCUGCCAGAAGCCUCCGAAGGAGCCGGUUCCUGUUCAGCCGCUUAGGGAGCUGCGUACCAACAUAGCUCCCCCUGCCAAAGCAGAAGAGAAUGGCACCCAUGAGAAGGCAGGAGGGAAGGCCCAUGAAAAACCUGAAGGGCGGGUGAAAGACUGUGCCGUCUUCAGAGGCACUGGGCCUCCUAAGGGAGCUGCAGAAAAUCAGGGAACAGAGACGCCCGUGCGGGCGAAGGCCUUCCCCUCAGGGAGCACCUCGGCGUAUUGGCAAGGAACAGUAUGUGCCACCACGAUCACCAAAGGAAAACUGAUCAAACUUCUUAAUUUAAACUGUGGACUAAAGAGCAAUGGAGGAGAAACUGGCCAGCUGUGAGAAGCAUAAAAAUAUAGGAGAAGUGGACGCUAGAUUGAAGAGCACAGGGUUUGCAGUGUGAGAGAGCGCUUGAAGGGGUCCCAAUAUUCAUCUCUAACGGAUAUAUAAUGCUGGAGGAAAUUAAUCAAUAUAAAUAUGUGAUAAAGAUUAUAAUUUUUGUAAUUUUUUUGUUUAAUUUGCAGCAGGAUUCCUGCCUGAAAUAGAUUCUGGGGAUAUGAAUUAGCUUGUUGAAAAUGAGGAACAAACACAUACAUUAGUAUGUUCCUCAAAUGUAGAAAGAGGGGCAAAAGAAUAUUUUUUGGGGGUAGGGAAGUGUUUCUGUAAAAGUUAUAAAUUACUUUUUAAAAUCUAUUUAAUGUAUGGCUUGUAGGAUGAUACGUAUGCCACGAAAGGCCUUGCGUUACGAAUCAGCCUCAAAACUGACGUGCUUGGCCAGUAUGGAUGAGCGUAGGCCACAUAACUUGUGUCAUGUCAUGAUUUAGUCACUGAUGAUAACUGAAUGUACUACUGUAGUAUUUUGUGUUUUGAAAUGUAGUCCUUGAUCUUACUAAUUUUGGUCAACUUUUAAAACUAUAUGAUUUUACUUUUGAGUAUACAGACAGCAAGAUUAGUAAACAGAAAUAGCAGGCAAGGUUUUAAUUUGUUCUUGCUUUUUCUCUAAUUAGGAGCUGAAUUGUCUCCCCCACCCCCACUGCUUUAGUAUUUUCUCUGAUCUUUAUUACAGAAUUCUACAGAUCUAGCUGGGACGAGUGUCCCAGUACUGAUGCAGGUCUAAUACACAAAAAUUGAAAACUGCACAGGAAAUAAUCUCUUGGUAUCACAUUUAAUGAACCUGGACUUUUAACUGUUGAAUAUGCUAUAGAAGAAGUGUGGCAAAUCCACUCGAGAUCUGACUUUAUCAAACCUGGGCUCACCUCUGCAGAGUGGCUUGCGUUGGCAUAUUGAAAAAGCCCUUUUUGCUCAAAGGCACUUCAUACUAUACUGGAAAUCAGGUUUUCUUUAGAGGGGAGUUUUUUUAACAACAAAUUUGAUAACUCAUAACUUCCCCCAGUUACUCGAGUUAAUAGCCAUGAAAAUGUUUAGGUUACUCUGGAGAACAUUGGAGAGGAUUUUUACAUAGCUUUAUGUUAAUAAGAUUAACAACAUUGUAUAACAAGCAAUCUGGUUUACAAGCUGAUAACUGUAGUAGGUAAGAGAAGAAAUAGGAAAAGGUCAGCAGCACGUUAAUCUGCCAAAAUCCACGUGCUAGCGUUCAAGGCUCUGUAUUAAAGUGUAUGGGGAAGUAUCUUGCAACAAUGUAUCUGUUUCCUCAAUUGAUAGCACGUAUACAAAUCUAAAGUAGUUAGUUGUGGACACUGGAAAACUCCAUUGCGAGAUACCACCAAACAUCUUAUUUGUAUAUGCUAGUGAUGACUUUAAAAUGUCAGUGGCAGAUAAAAUAACUGUGAAAAUGUUCAUCUUCUGAUUUCUUAGCCAGAUAAUCCUUGGCAAUUUCUUACUCAGUAGGCGUUCUCUAUCAAUGGCUUUGAGAACACUCAUAUCUAUUUUUUUAAGAAUAUAUAUAUACAUAUACAUAUAUAUAUAUAUAUAUAUAUAUAUAUAAAGUCAGAUUUGUCAUUUCUCUAACUUAUUAUUCGGCUUGGCAAUCACAUUUUUGAUUUGAGAAGUGUAUGUAAUGCAGUUGGUAUUCUUUUUCUACACCUUAUUAAUCAUUAUUCAUUUUAAACUACCUGUGCUGGGUUUGGUAAUCUUUAAAUGUACACAAAUUAUCUAUCACAUCUGUUAACACACAUACUCUUUUGGUUUACUUAUAAUGGAUGUAACCCACAAAAGGUAAAAAUAUUUAAAGUGUUGAGAACUCUGCAAAAUGUAUAGAAAACUAUGUGAAAAUGUUUUUAAAAAUCAUAAAUCUAAUUAUUGCACUUGGGAUUGGAAAAAACAUACUGAACAGCAACAGAUAUACUUAGGGUAGACAUGCAUUGUGCCAUUGCAAAUGAACAAUGUAUUUGAAUUAUAAUGGCUGAAGUUCUGGAAGAAAUUUGAUUGCAGUUCAGAAAGAAUGUUGACUUUUGGGAAGAGAUUAGUGAAAAUGUGACUUGCCAAUGCAAGAGUGAAAUCUAACCCUGUGUACAUGUCCAUGGUUGCAUGGAAUCUUCAAAGAAAGAAUAAUUUAAAAUGCAACUUUUACUUUAUUGGGUGUUAAAACAAGUACAGCUCACAAUCCUUUCUUGUGAAGCAAAACACUUGACAUUUGCAAGGGAUGCAUUAUACAUCCUGGAUGUGUGUGUGUGUGUGUGUUUGUAUGUGCAUGCCUGCAUUUCCCACAGCAGGUGAUGGCUCUUGUGCAAUGUAUGUGUAUAAGUGUGUAAACAGCUUUUUCCAGUGUGAACUUACUAGCCUAGGGGGGCUCACUGUAACAGGUAUUUGAUAAUUGUCUGCUUAACUAACACAGCAUCCUUCCUCCUCUUCCCCCUGGCCUCAGUCUGUUUUCAUGGACUUCUUAACUUCUUGGUGUAGAGGGAUAUCCAAGUAAAUACAAUUGCUGUAAAGAUGAUGUUCGCGCAUAACUCUCCUUGCAGUCAUUGCACCAUUGGAAACAUGUCUGGGCUGGCUGUUUCUCUUAUUCAUUCCCAUGCAAUGCCUUGUGUUUCCCAUUGAUCUCUCUUUCCACUUCAUCCUGAAAACGAGGAAGAAUAAAAUUUUGGGAACUAAAUUCAGUGCUGGAGCAAUUCCACUAUCUAAUUGCAAGAAUGUAAACUGUAACAGCACUUAUUUUCUGUAGUGCUGUGUAUGAUAGGUGUUAAUGGACAAGUCUUUGUUCUCAAGGUUGAUGGAUGUGGGACACUUAACUAUUCAUAAAUCAUUGUUAUCUGCUACAAACAGCAUUGGACGAAUGUAAAAGUAUAUACCAGUAUAGUUUGUACUGGUAGUCAUAACCAAAAUAGACAUUUUCGUUCUAGAUGUUGGAACAGUAGAGAUGAAGCUGCUGAUCGUAUUUCAUCCAUAUUACAGCACUGUCAACCAACCAUGCCCUGGUUAUUUCCCCCUUAACAAGGUUUGCCUUCUAUAGUUGGAAGUUUUAAAUUUUUUAGAAAAUAGCCAAGAAGUUGUUUUCUAUUUCCUAAACUAUCAUUUGUUAGUAGUUAUGAGAUUUUCUUUGUUAGCUAGAAAUCUGACACACACACACCCCUUCACAUUCUUGGUAAUAGCGAAUAACUCUGAGCCAUAUUGCUGUACAUCUGAUGUAGAAGAGAUGAAGGGGAAGUAGUUGGAUCUGCAUGAGCUGCGUUCCUGCUUGUUUUCUUUCUCUAAAGUUAGCAGGGCAGAAUGUAAAGCCGUAGGUUAAAAUAGACCCAUCUUGAGGACUAGAAGAAAACAAACCUGAAACUGAGGCAGAUCAGUAGCAAUUAAGUGACUUAAGCAAUGCUUUACUGUAGUUUGAAUAGCUAUGGCCUUACUACUUCAUCGAUAUUAGCUAAAUGUCUGACUAUAUCCACUCUUUUUACUGUUACCCACGUGAAUAUUCACAUGGGCUAAAAAUAUCUGCUACAUGUGUACAGAUUUUAAAUUUGUAAGAUGCAGAAUUGUAUACAGACAAGAUGCAACAAAUGCACUUCGGGGUGGGAUUGGGGGGGGUCGCUUAAACUUUUGUAAAUUGUUGAUUACAAUAAAUAUGCAAUAGGUUUUUUCUUUAAAUUUUGAUAUUUCCUUCUGAAAACAUAUGAUUGUUGCCAUUAAUCUUUAAUGGUCUAUCAUGUUCUUAUUUGUGUGUAUGUAUAAAUAUUACAUUGAGUGGGCUUCCUUUAGGAUGGUACACUUCCUUUUUUAUGUUGGUUGGGUUUCAGAGGUCUGCAUAGACUUGGGAAGAGAUCAGAUAAGUGUAUUAAUGUAUACUUGGAAGGAUUUCAAAUGAGAGCUAAUCAACUGGCUUGCUUCUGAAAAAACUGUCUUCAAACUAACCUGUAUCAACUUUAACAAUUUUAUAUUUAAUAGCUAGAGAUGUUUAUUUUUAUGAAGAUUCAGUCAUGUAUAAAACUUCCCUCUCAAAUGUAUAUGAUUUAGUGCACAAAUGAUGUUUGUUUUAUAAGUCAAGCUAUGAUUUCUCCCCCAAAAGUUAUGACCCCCAUGACAUUUAUUAGUCUUUUUGAAGUGACGGAACAUUUGAAAACAUAACAAAUAUCUGGCUUCAUUGUCUGUUUAGGUUAUUCCUGUUGUCAAAGAUGUCUGAAAACAACACAAUUGUGUAAUGUAGGUUCAUGCUUAAUUGUUAAUCAUACAUGUAUUUGUAUUUGUUUUUUGACAUUGCCAAGGUGCUAUGGGAAAUUGAAAUAACCGUUAGAAGGAAAUAAUAAAAUCCACCUUAAAAGCUGCAUAA